AUGCGCUUCCUCAAAGGGGAUGCUGCAAAUAGAACACAGGAAUGGCAGAGACGGAGAGACAAUUUCAGAACAAAUGCUUUUAAACUUAUAAAAGAAAUACUUGAGCUGACUACACUUCCAGUCCCUCAGGAGUUAGUGAAUGAACUUCGGGAGUUGGUGAAAGAGGCUCUUCACAGCAUCUUCUUUAUGGCAAAGAUUAUGAACCUUUCCCUGAAUGAAAUCUUUGCUAAAAAAGAGGUCUUGUUGGAAGAGUUAAGGCAGACGUAUGAACAACCUUUCAAGCACUAUUCUACUCAAGUACCACAGCGACAUCCAAUGUCAUGUGUAUUAGAUAUGAUCGUCAGAGUGAGUGGAGAAAGGAAUGAAAACAUCAUAAAACAAAGACUACAACAGAUCAACAGUCGACUUACAAGAGACCGUAAUGAGAAGUUUCUGAUCUCCACCACCAUGUGUGUUUCUCAGAACACUGAGAUCCCAGAUUCAGUGAGGUACUACGGUGUGUCCAUGUCUACAUCUGGUGGUCGUUUACGAGACAUCAUGAUAGCUGCCUCCUGUUGUGUCUACUGGGACAGUCAUGUAGCUAAUGCAGUGAUGACCUACUAUCCAAACAAGAAGAAAAUGCAUGACUUUGAUGGAACCUUCAUACUUCCAAAGAAAGUUCGAUGUCAGGCAUUUUCAAUCACUGACCCACUAGGAGAAAAGCCUCCAUGUAAGUCGUGUAAAAAUUUGUUUGGCUUUCGCACAACUGAAUUUGCCUAUGGCAACUGUGCUGAAGUUGAGAGUGUGAGCAACUUGUUUAAAAAUGAAAGAGAAAUUAAAGAGCAGUCACAACUGCUGAGACCUAACACGAACACAGCUGAGAACAGGCAGAAGGUUAGAAAGUCCACUUUGGAGAAACUCAAAAGUAUCGUAGGAUUUACGUGGACAUAUAUGUUCUACCCAGACCUAAGGUAUACAUAACACUUUGUUAUAUGUGACUUGUUGAAUUUUUUGAUAUCUUAUAGGAUAAAUCUUGUGACAAUCAUGUCUGUUGUUAGUGACAUUGGAUGUACAAAGUGAAUCUUUAAAGAAAAAAAACAAUGAGAAAAUUGAAAAUAAAAUUAGUGACAUGAGUGACUAUUCACACUUCAAGGGUUUCUGAGAAUCUUUGUGAGACAAAUCUAAUAGUGUGGCGUUUUCAUGAGUUGGAGUAUUUCUCUAAUAUUGUGAUGUUAACUGUGUUUUGAAUGUUGUUUUUUUUUGUUGAAUGUAAAAGAUUGUUUAUCACUAAUGUACUGUACAACAGAGCAUUUUAUGACAACUAGUUUGCCCACUACUACAAAUCUAAGGGUCUGCGUGACUUGUUUGGCAACUCACAGAAAAUGGAAGGAAGCAGAAAAAAAACACUCCAAAAAAAAAAACACUCUGCAAAAGGAAACACCCAAGGAAAACAUGAC